AUGGUUCUAACUUUGUGGAAUGUCCGUUCAAAAUUCUCAGAAAAUCCUGACCUGAUCAAAGCUUAUGUUGGGUUAAGUAGUUUAUGCACAUUCAAGAUUCACCAUGGGGCUAUGUUCACAAAAUACCUAGGAAGACGUUAUGUUGGUGGGAGUGUUGACUAUGUUGACUACGUACACAUGGACGUGUUUUCUGUACAUGAGUUAGAUGAUAUGUUGAAGGAGAUAGGUUAUAUCAAUGGUGAGCUUAUCUACUACAACUUCUUAAUUCCAGAGAUUGAAAUGGAUUAUGGGUUACUUCCUCUAGGUAACGUCUCAGACGUACUUUUGUUAAGUAAGCAUGUCGCUAAUCACAAAGAGAUUAUGGUGUAUAUUGAACAUGGAACUAAUAGACUCCAUACAUACUUUAUGUCUCGAAAUAAGGUUAUAUUGGAAGAAAUCAAUGAGCACGUUUCUCCUGAACUCAAUCGAAAAAAGUUUACCAGUACAGAGGUAGGAUCAUGUAGUAGAAAAUUGGACUUGAAUGAGAACUAUGACUUUUCUAGGUAUGUUGUACCUUUUGGACAUUUUGAUAGAGAUGUAGUGAAAAAUGAUGGAGUUCAUCCUGCAAGUGAGAAGCUUAACAAAGUCCAAGAUGUUGGUCCUUCAGAAGACUUUGAUCCUUUCUUUUAUAUGGAUCAUAAUGAUUACCAACAGAUGGGGGACAAUGAUUACCAACAGAUGGGGGAUAAUGAAGAAAUUGGGGAUGUUAUUAGUGAUGAGAGUAGUACCGAUGGAAGUAUAAGCGAUGAUAUUGACUUUUUAGUAGAUGAACUUAAUAUGGUUGAGGAUGUCGAAGUGAAUAUGAAAGACUUACAUAGUGGUGUUUAUUCUUUUCCAAAUAUAGAUAACCACUAA